AUGCAUCUCACCACGCUCUUUGUUACUGUUGCUACUGCGCUGGCGGUCAGCAUUCACGCGAUGCCUGCGGAUAACGAGGACUCAGCAAUCUGUACCAAGCCGUGCUUCCCAGAGCCAACUGAAUGCGAGGAUGGCUUGGAACCGAGACUUCUGGUAUGUCCUUCUGACCUCAACGCACUUGGCUGCAUUCUUGGUAUCAAAUUCAAAGAAGACUGA